UGGUCGAAAAUCAUAUCAGCAGGAUCAAAGAGUGCAGCAUCGAGGUGCUGGACUCAGUCGCUUUCGAUAUCAGAGUCGCUACAGUCCACUGCAGUACCGCCCGCGGGCGUCCUCAAAUCAACAAAGGCAAUAUCCAAGUCAACGGCACAGUACUGCCCACACUUACUUCAUGGCUCCAAAACCAGAUCCUACCUUAUCAGAUGAAAAACAAAUCCCGCAGGCUAACUGGGAAGGAGAUCAGGCUGCGAGGCUGCACAGUCAAGUACAGCAAACGCCGCCUAGUUACUCCACGCCUCAGUCGAUGCAGGCUGGUCCCCACUCUGGUUCGACUGAUGGCGCAACAUACGCCAGGGAAAUUGCUGCGGCUCAAGAAAGUGAACGUCUGCAGGCUCAAAAAAGCAGAGAACAGUACGCGCAGCAGCAGCAGGCAUAUGAGCGAGCUCGUGUAGAGGCUUUGCGUGAGCGCGAACGACUGGCGUAUGAGCAGCGACGGGAAGAAUAUGAGCGGGCCGUAAGGUACCAGCAAGAACUCCAGCGAUAUCAGCAAGCAGUGUACGCUGCGCAAAAUCGUGUUCCGAAAGAGAGAGCUCAUGAGGAAGAAACAAUGCGGCGAGAACCGCAAACUCAACAUCAAGCAGAACGCUGGAUUUUAGGAAAUGAGCAAAAAACGGCUGGGUCGUUUGUAUCUUCACCAGCAGUAGGAGAUACUCAGAGUUACGAUGAAAUCAAACGCGCCAAGGCCAGGCUACGAAAACGCUUAAAGUUUGAAAAAUUGAAACAGAUGGAGAAAAUGCGAAAACUGCGCAAAACAACUCCACGGCCAAUAACCACUGCGCCAAUACCUCCCCUACAGUUUCAAAGGCCACAUGAAUCCGCGUUCGGAUACGAAAUUCAGCAACAAAAGCAGCAGCCGCACGCUUGGUUUGGGCAAGAAAUUCAGGAGCCGCAAAGGUCUCCUUCCUCCUAUCAGGCACCUCAGCCUUCUUCAACACUGCCUCAAAAGCAGUCACAGUAUGAUUUUGCAUCUAGAAAAUCGGAGUUCUACGUUACUUCACAGCCUCAGUAUCACGAAUCACAGCAUCAGCUACCUCCGCCAGAUCCCUAUCAAGCCCUUUACGAUCGAAUACAGCAUCAGCCUGUGACAGUUACUACUAAGGAGGUGGUCACAACAAUGCCUACGUCACAUUCUAUCGGCGUAACGCAACCUGAUGGCAAUCAUCAACCAGGUUGUUUUAGAAAGUUAAAAAUAUUUCUGAUAUACGUAUAUGCCAAACUUUGCUUUUUCUUUAAACCGUCUCUUCCGCCAACGACUGCAGUUUUCGAGAUCCUCCUUCAACCUCCGUAUAAUGUGCCUAUAGAGGAAAAAAUACUCCCCGUUUUGAGUUUUAUUUCCAUUCAUGCUUCUUCUCUCUCAUCUUUUCGUUAUUGCAAAAGUAUCUGCUUCCGACUGCCAAAGUCGAGUGCGCUUGGCUUGCUUUGCUUAUUCAAGAAGGUUAUCAACGAGACAUUUAUAAUCUUGGGCGACACUCUUAGUUCAAUCGGUAUUCCUGAUCUGCCGCCUCAUCUGUUCUCUAUUAGUUUCAACCUACCGUGCUGA